AUGCACAGAGUUCAAGAGUUCCUUGCGACCGUCUAUGACCACGCAUGCACAUCGCCGCCUUUCGUUAUACCCCGCCGAGAGCGAGAUCCGUCCACCUGGCCGCUUACGUAUCCGGACAUGGACUUCGCAUGGGGACAGGCAGUGGAAGGCGAACAUGCUAUUGAGCUCCCGGACACAAUGGACAAUUGGAUUGACAUGAGCGAGAGCAAUUUGGUUAAACCUACUGGAAGCCUCCGCGAUACCCUUCUCAUUGUCAGCUCAUACCCCACUGCCAAGGAGGAUAGCACAGUUCGUCGAUCGUAUGGUACCACCCUAGACAUUUCAAACGAGUCCAUGUUUAUGCUCUACGCCAAGCUUGGCCACAACGUAUCCUCGAUCAGAAACCACGGCGCCCUCCACUUGGACGUGUUCCCCAGGCGAGUUGACCGCAACAUUGCACUCGGUCUCGGGAAUAUCGUCGACCAGGUUCCGACCAAUCUCGGCAUGUAUUGGAGACUCGUGGUUCGUCAGCUCAUUGAGCCAUCGCAUUCCAAACUGGCUCUCCUCGUCGGGUCCGCAGGUGUUGCCACGUACGUCGACUAUCUCAAACAAAACAACAUCCGCUAUCAAAUAUUUGGCUAUCGAACAAAAGCGUGCAAGGCUACUAGAAAGAGAAUCAUCAUGGAGUAG